GGUUGCGAUGGGAGGGCGUUAGCUCUCCCUGAAGGAUGAAUAAAUACGCAGCUCCACUGACAACCUGUUCACAGUCAAACGGAGGUGACAACUGAGACCCAGGUCUUGCCCUCCUGGCAAUUCUGAGACCCAGUCCUGGCAACAUGCAGUGGGUAGUCUUCUGCCUGACGGUCAUCUUCUCAGGGGUGGUGGCCCGUAGAUCCAGCCACCAAGGGCAAGAUCUCCUCUUGAUCAGACUGCGUCACCUUAUUGAUACUGUGGAUCAGCUGAAAAAUUAUGUGGAUGACUUGGACCCUGAACUUCUGCCAGCUCCAGAAGAUGUAAAGAGACACUGUGAGCGAUCGGCUUUUUCAUGUUUUCAGAAGGUCCAACUGAAGUCAGCAAACCCAGGAGACAACAAGAUCAACCUAUUAACUAAACAGCUGAUGAGGAAACUACCUCCCACAAAUGCAGAAAGAAAACAGAAACAGAGACUAAUGUGUCCCUCAUGUGAUUCUUACGAGAAAAAACCACCCAAAGAAUUCCUAGAAAGACUAAAAUCACUCAUCCAAAAGAUGAUCCAUCAGCACCUCUCCUAGAGCACGCGGAGUGGAAGGUUCCUGGGGCCUCACUGCAGCUGACACUAUGUGCCGUACUCUAACACAGCAGGGACACUUGCUUCUGGGUAUUUCUGACAGAGGAAUACAAUGUAUUAUGAAGAGGGGAAACUCUGUUCAAAGUCCGGAUUAUUCCCCAUGUUGCUAUGCAAUAUUUCAGUUUAAUCCAGCUGGUCU